AUGGGCACAGAGGAUAAAAUGAAAGCCCAAGCUUUGUCAGUGAGGGAGUGUAACUGGACGUCAGAUGAGUGCCACCUAGUGGAUGGGCUGCAUGGAGACACACAGAGGGACAGCCUUUGUUUGCCGAAUAUCUUCAAGUCCAAGAAAGUGAGGCUAAUCUCAAAGACUCAGACAAGCUUUACUUAUCAAGUUUACCAUACAGCCAGAGAGCUUUUGCUGAAAGUGUUGGACAGAGAAAGUGUCUGGGAGCUGAUUAGAAGAGCUCAUGUUUUAAAGGCUAGAACUCACCGUCCGUCACACAACCAGAGAAGAGAGCAGAGGGCUAAUCUUUCUGAAGAGGAGUACAAUGAGGCAUUAAAGUGGUUUUCUAUAGUCCUGCAAAGUGGUUUGUCUGUAGGAGAGAACUGUAACUUUGGAUCUGAGCUAAGCUUCAAACUGGACAGAUGGCAUGGUGUCCUGAAGAGAAACAGCAUCCAGACCAACCUUGUGUCUCUGACCAAACUGGAGGAUGGAGACAAGUUGGAAGUACUGUCUGCUUUCUGCACCCACUUAUCCAGGCGCUACCAGGCCCUACACACACCAGGUUCCAACCUGGCUGUGAAGAAAUACAGACUUUUUCAUCAGCACAGUCUUUGCUCUCUCCAUCUAGCCCUGCUCUGCGACAUGAGCUCUGGAUUUAUCUGCAACAUGUACCUGUUCUGUCCAGAGCAGCUUCAGAAGCUGAGCAGGAAGCCUGUAGUUGAGCAGAGUCAGGGCUCAGGCAGGCAUCUGACAGAGUUCACCAGAGCACUGGCCUCUGAGCUGGCCGCAGAGACCACUUAUUGUGGCAGGACCGUACCAGUCCUACCACGACUGAACAGCUGUUCAUACCAAAAAACAGGCCUAACAAACCUUUCUGAGCACAGGAAAAAUACUAGCAGCUGUGGUCAGGUGAUGGAAAAUGACAAAAAUAGCUGCAGCUCUGCAGUAAAGUUAGAGACCAGGUGGAACAGGCCGGGAGUGUGUGGGUUAGACAACUCUGGCAACUCCUGCUACCUAAAUGCAGUGUUGCAGUGUCUCUGUUCCACUGUGCCCCUCGUGGAGCACCUCCUUAAUCAGGACACACGGAAAGAGCUCUCAAAGUCUAAGUGCAGGUUUGCUGAGGUCUUUGCCCUCCUGCUGGAGAAGAUGUGGCUGGGAAGCAGCUCAAGCUGUGCUGCUAUGGAAGCCAGGUCUAUGGUGUGCUCCACCCUCCCUCAGUUUAACAACUACGCCCAGCAAGAUGCCCAGGAACUGCUGAUUUUUCUCCUGAAUGCACUCCAUGAUGACUUCAAAAAGGUUGCAAAACACCAGAUGCGCUCCUUAUUACAGCAGUCGAAACAAGAACAGAAAAGGGACUUCGCCACAGAGUCCAACAUAGUCUCACAUCUGUUUGAGGGCCACUUGAGCUACAUGAGCCUUUGCAUGCACUGCGAUAACCAGGCACACAACACCCAAACCUUCACUGUGCUGUCACUUCCAAUUCCAAAAGACACCAACAAGUGCUCCAUUCAGGAUUGCUUGUCACUGUUCUUCGAGCAGACCAUCCUCACUGAAGGAGAGCAGAUGCUGUGUUCAGUGUGUGAACUGAGGAGAGAAACAGUGAUCUUCACAUGCUUAGAAAAACAUCCUGAGAUCCUCAUUUUGCACCUCAAACGGUUCGGCUGCAAGGGCAAAAAUCAGGUGAAACUGAGGACUAAUGUUAUCUUCUCCAUGAAGCUUGAUCUCACCCCAUUUCUAUCCAGCUCAGCACAGAACAUAACUUCUUCUUCAUACCACCUUUAUGCUGUUGUGAAUCACUCCGGUAAUCUGAACACUGGUCACUACACAGCUGUUUGCUACAACGCCCUGACCCAGAGGUGGCACUGCUUUGACGAUGAAGUUUUCAGAGAAGUACAGGACAGCUUAGUCCAGUCUCCAAAUGCUUACAUGCUCCUCUACAGCCGUAAGCCUUUCCAGAAGCCAAAGAUCCACGGACUCUGAGCAGAAGCUGCCAAAAUUUAAUUUAUGCAGAUUUAAAUAACUGAAUUCCUGCUUGUCGUCCCAUUGUCUCUACACCUACCAGAAAUAAAGAGCUAGCAUUGACUGAAAAGUUGUUUAUCCACUAGCACUAAGACAAAUC